GAAUUUGAUAGCAAAAUGGAGCUAAAAAGUGAAUCAUUGUGCAUGGUUUUAUUUCAGGACAAACUCAUAAAACUGCACGAAAGCCUAACUGACCUUCAUGAAAAGAUUCUGAAAUCGACGGGCAAAGAUGUAGAAGUAGAAAACAUUAAAAUAAUUGAAUUCUGCCCCAUGCAAGAAACCGGCGACGGACAAGAUGAAGUCAAUGGUGAUCACGUCCUUAAGCAUGAGGACAGAGAGAAACGGCAGUCAGAGAAGACCAAGGCUGCAGACGAAGAAAUUACGGAAUCGAAGGAGGGAGAUGAUAAAGCUAAAUCGAGCAAAUCCCAAAACGACCUAAAUGAAGAGAGAGAGACGGACAGCAGAGAUCGUAAGAAAAAGGUAAGCCAUAACUUCUGCAUUAUAUUGCAUUGUGCGAUGCACAUAAUAUCUUAUAUUCCCCACUUCAUAACUCUUGGGUUCUUAGCAAUUUAUUUUCAAGCGCUUUUAAUUUAUAUCCUUCCCACAAGGCGUCAGACGCCACCAGGAAAGCAGCUCGUCAGUCAUAAAUUCCUCCAGAUCAGAAAAGGUUUUGUAUCUACAGCAAAGAUGCCAACUGCUCCCAUAUGUUCCGCCCUCUAA